AUGGCCGACUCCUGGAAUUGGAGUACAUCACGCAGACAGAGGCGUCCCGUAGGCGGUACAGAGCACUCUCCCAUCUCCCGCUUGGAGCAACAUUUCGGCUGUGUGAGCUGGACCUCAGUGAUUGCUGUUCCGCAGACACUUUGGAUGCAUUCUCAGAAGGCCUUAAGCUCCGCGCUGCUCGGAGGGCACGGCUCGCAAAACAGGCCGCUCAUCAGUCGCGUCGGGAUACCAUGGCUGCUACCGAGGCUGCCGCCAGAGCAGCCUACCCCGUGCCACAAGCUGCUCCGCCUAUAG